AUGAUUAGGGUUUACCAUCACCAUUGUCAGGAGAAGCUCUUGAACGAGGUUGCCUUCAUUGCCGACAGUUUCAGCCCGGCUCCACAUCCGAACCUGAAUGCCGACAUCGUCCAGGCCAAACUCGACGCGCUCCACUACGACUCCGAAGCAUAUGCCUGGAUCCACGAUCGGUUCAAGCUGCAGCCACACGGGCCGGUUGAUGUAGAGAAGCACGCAACCAUCUUCGUCAAGGGCGUGGUGAAGAGUCUGUACAACGAGCACGUGCUCUCCUCAAUAGAGGUCCUCGAGGAAAUCUCGAGUCGGGCCGAAGAGAAUUGCACCCUGGCCGAAGCUGACCUGGAGCCCCUGACGGUGGCGCUGAAGCUGCUGAGCCACCCGGGCCAGGGCCUUCCGAG